AUGCUGAAAUCCGGGGUAGAUGAAAAACUUGACACUGUGCUUUCAUUCACCAGCCAAGACUUGAGGGAAAGAGAUGAAGUAUUGGCCACCAUAAUUUCACCACACACAGGGAAACCUUUUAAUAUCACUGGAGAUGUUGAUGAUGCUAUGAAAUAUGCUUUAGACAACGAAGGGCUGAUCGAAUAUGAUGCAGAAAGAGACAAGAAGCUCUUAAGAAAAAUCGAUCUUUACAUGAUGCCGAUCAUGUGCUUAUUGUACUGCCUUCAAUUCAUGGAUAAGCUCUCAAAUUCCUACGCUUCUAUUGUUGGACUUAGAACUGACUUGCACAUGAAAGGUGAUAUGUACUCCUGGACGGGUUCCGCUUUCUACAUUGGAUACUUAUUCUUCGAAUUCCCUGCAGUCAGAAUCUUGCAAAGAUUCCCUGUUGCUAAGACAGUUGGGGUGUUUGUGAUUACUUGGGGUGUGAUAUUGAGUUUACACUCGGUCCCACAGUAUGCGGGCUUUAUUGCGUUGAGAACUAUUCUAGGAAUGCUUGAGCUGAGUAUAACCCCAGCUUUUGUUAUCAUCACAGGCCAGUAUUAUAGAAAAGAGGAAACUUUCUUGAGGACUGCUUUGUGGUUUUCCUCAAAUGGUAUUGGUCAAAUUUUGGGAAGUGGAGCUAUUGCCUAUAAUGUUGUUAAUAAUGCUGGAAGCUACUCCAUCACUGCUUGGAAAUUGAUUUUCAUUAUCACUGGUUGUUUGACAAUUUUCAUUGGUUUCGUUAUUCUUGCGCACGUUCCUGAUACCCCUUCAAAGGCUUGGUUUUUGAAUGCAGAGGACAAGAGGUUGGUCAUUGAAAGAAUCAGAGUCAAUCAACAAGGGUUUGGAAACAAGCAUUUCAAGAAAGAACAAUUCAUCGAGGCCUUCACCGAUAUCAAAACAUGGUUAUUUUUUCUGUUUGCAAUCACCAAUAAUGUCCCUAAUGGUGGGCUUACAAACUUUGGCGCUAUUUUGUUAUCGGAAGGAUUUGGAUAUUCUAAAAAGCAAUCUUUGUUGAUGCAAAUGCCUUUUGGUGCCAUUGAGUUUGUUGGGUGUACACUUUUCGCAUGUUGCUACAAAUUUUACCCUAUUAGACUUGCCUGGGCCAUCCUUGCUACGGUCGUCACUGUUGUUGGCCAAUGUCUUUUGGGAUUCGUUGAUAACCACAAUGCACAGUUUGCGGGGUAUUGUCUUAAUGCUCUUGCACCAUUGGGUUUCAUUUGCAUCUUAUCAAGUAUUGCUAGCAAUGUUGCUGGUCAUACCAAGAAGACUACCGUGAGUGCAAUCUUUUUGAUUGGAUAUUGUGUGGGAAACCUUGUUGGACCCCAAACCUUCAUAGAUCUGGAAGCACCACAGUAUACUACUGCAAAGGUAUGUAUGCUUACGUUCUCUCUGGUUUCAUUGGUGUGCUUGGUUUUGAUUCUACUUUAUUACACUUACGAAAAUAAGAGAAGAGAUAAUGCUGAAGCGGACAAUGCUGAAUUCAUGAAUAUAGAGAAUAUCGAGUUUGCUGAUUUGACAGAUAAGCAAAAUCCUUUCUUCAGAUAUACUGCAUAA